UUGGCCCGGUCCCUCCCCAGACAUGCCGGCACGGUAUCCAGAAAUGCCCUUGGUGCAGCAUUUGUAACUACAAGAAACCUUCAUGCAUCUGGGACAUGGCUCCAGAAGACCGCUACCGCUGAGGUGUCCUCUAUUUUGGAAGAACGUAUCCUUGGUGCAGAUACCACUGCUAACUUGGAGGAAACUGGGCGCGUGCUUUCCAUUGGGGAUGGUAUUGCACGUGUGUACGGUCUACGCAAUGUGCAGGCAGAGGAGAUGGUGGAAUUCUCUUCUGGGCUGAAAGGUAUGUCCCUUAACUUGGAACCCGACAAUGUAGGAGUUGUGGUGUUUGGCAACGAUAAACUAAUCAAAGAAGGUGACAUCGUGAAGAGGACGGGAGCCAUCGUUGAUGGCCCUCUCGGUAACAAAAUACGCAGAAGAGUUGGUCUGAAGGCACCUGGAAUCAUUCCCAGAAUUUCAGUGCGUGAGCCCAUGCAAACUGGUAUCAAAGCUGUGGAUAGUUUGGUGCCAAUUGGCCGUGGUCAGCGUGAGUUGAUCAUUGGUGACAGACAGACUGGCAAAACUUCAAUUGCUAUUGACACAAUCAUUAACCAGAAAAGAUUCAACGAUGCAACUGAUGAGAAAAUGAAACUGUACUGUAUUUAUGUUGCCAUCGGCCAGAAGAGAUCAACUGUGGCUCAACUAGUCAAGAGACUUACUGAUGCAGAUGCCAUGAAGUACACCAUCGUGGUCUCUGCCACAGCCUCUGAUGCAGCACCUCUUCAGUACCUGGCUCCCUAUUCUGGUUGUUCUAUGGGGGAGUUCUUCAGAGACAAUGGCAAACAUGCGUUGAUCAUCUAUGAUGAUUUAUCCAAACAGGCUGUUGCAUACCGUCAGAUGUCCCUGCUACUGCGUCGUCCUCCAGGUCGUGAGGCUUACCCUGGGGAUGUGUUCUACUUGCACUCCCGUCUCUUGGAAAGGGCAGCUAAAAUGAACGAUCAGUUUGGUGGUGGCUCACUGACAGCUUUGCCUGUCAUUGAAACCCAGGCUGGCGAUGUAUCUGCCUACAUUCCAACAAAUGUGAUCUCCAUCACUGAUGGACAGAUCUUUUUGGAAACUGAAUUGUUCUACAAGGGUAUCCGCCCUGCCAUCAAUGUAGGCCUCUCUGUAUCCCGCGUAGGUUCUGCUGCUCAAACUAAAGCCAUGAAGCAGGUGGCUGGCUCAAUGAAGCUGGAGCUGGCUCAGUACCGUGAGGUUGCAGCUUUUGCACAGUUUGGCUCGGAUCUUGAUGCUGCUACACAACAGUUACUGAAUCGUGGUGUCCGUCUGACUGAACUCCUCAAGCAAGGCCAGUAUGUCCCUAUGGCCAUUGAAGAGCAGGUAACGGUAAUCUAUGCUGGUGUCCGAGGUUUUCUGGACAAAUUGGAUCCUACAAAGAUCACAAAGUUUGAGAGUGCUUUCGUUGCUCACAUCCGCAGCCAGCACCAGGAACUUCUAGCCACAAUCCGGACUGAGGGAAAGAUCUCAGAACCAACUGAUGCCAAGAUGAAGGAGAUUGUUGUGAAC